AUGGCAGCUAUGCGGUGGACUGCUUUCGCUGUCGCUCUUCUGUGCAUUGUUGUCAUUCCAGUAUACGCCCGAGUUUUUGGUGUGCAGCACCAUCACGCUGCGUAUUUCGAUGCAGCCCAAAAAGCAGGGACUUUUCGUUGUCUAGAUGACUCAGCCACCAUCCAAUUUAGUUCUGUAAAUGAUGACAUAUGCGACUGUGCUGAUGGCAGUGAUGAGCCAGGCACGUCGGCAUGCAUCGCACUUCGUGGCAGUACUGUCACUCUGCUUCCCCCGGAGUGGAAAUUCCAGUGUGCAGACGACGCGCACAUUUCCCAAGUGUUUCCUCACAACCGCGUGAACGACGGAAUCUGUGACUGUUGUGACGGCUCUGACGAGGCUGAAACGCCCGUCUUAUGCGCGAAUAGAUGCGCUGAGGUGGCGAACGAACUUAUGGUGCAGCGUGAUACGGAGCAGGAGCUCAAUAGGAAGAGUGCGGAGAGAAAAGCAGAGAUGCGCAUCGCCGCACAGCGGCGCCGAGAAGAAGUGGCAAGUGAUCUUGCCGCACUGGAGGCGCAGCACGCCAAGAUGGUAUCACGUUUGGCAGUGCUUGAGGAGAGGAAAAUAGCGGCCGAGAAGGAAGAGAAUGCACCACUGGCUGAGCUGCCAAUGAAGACAAAUGAAUCGGAUGUAUCGCAUGUCGAGAACAAAUUUGCUGACGAUGCGGCAUUCUGCAUCCAAUGGCGUGAAACAGACGACUGCAUCCCCAAUGGUUCCCGCUUAAGUAACAUGGACAAGGAGUGCUUCAGCGUCAUCGACUCGGGUAGCUCAGGGUACUGUGAGUGCUGGGCGAACUUCAGGAGGGACGAGAGUGACGAAGCCCCCAAAGCGGGUCUCGAGCGUGAGGCCAAGGGUGAUGAAGUAGCGAUGCACAUGAACAUUAUCACAUACAACUUUUCAUGUGGUCACCCUACGUUGACAUGUAUGUAUGUCUGUGCUCACAACGGUGAGGUGGGUGUUGACGAAGGGCACGAAAAGGUGCAACACUUCUCCACCUUGACCGUGGCCGAAGAGUAUUACAUCAUUAAGGACGACUUGGAUGGUCUGGAAACGAGGAUCAAGGAUGCAAAAAAGCGACUAUCUCCUCCAACAAUCACCACAGAGGAGCUGCUUCUCACACUGGAGGGGAUGGAGUUCAAGCUUGAUAACAACGAGCACACUUACAAGAUUAUCAUGUUUGACAGAAUUGAGCAGUGUGAUUUGGAGAAGGUAAGUUAUAGUAUACUUCUGGGCAAAUGGAAUUCCUUUGCAGAAAGCACAUACUCCACAUGGACUAAAGACACGCGCGAUUUCUCUCGCAUGAUCUAUGAUGAUGGUCUUGAAUGCUGGAACUCUGGAAGUCGCAGGGUCGAGGUACAUCUUGUGUGUGGCCCUGAGAACAAGCUGGUCAUGGUGGAAGAGCCUUCCUUUUGUAAGUACUCCAUGAUGUUCGAAACGCCGGCGAUAUGUGACGACUGA